AUGUGCUCCCAAAAGAUGGGCACCCAAGGAGAAACGCCCACCACACCCAGCAUCAGCAGCAGCACAGCACUACAUGGACUUUAUGAACGUCCGGUCCAGGGCAUGUCCAGGGUGAAGCACUUGAGGGUCACAGCGCACCUGCGGGACAUGUCCCAAAGUGGGAAGCAGGGACUGACAAUGAUGUGUGAGGCUUCUUGUGGCUGGGUCUUGGGCAGCACAGUGUGGUGGGACUAG